AUGGCGUCCUCUACAUCAUAUACCACUCUAAUCACCCGUGCCACCGACUCGGAUAACGACGACCAGUCACAGCUCUACGACAUCGUUGAUAAGGUCAAAAGUGGAGGAGCUGAUGGUGCGAUUCAAGCAGCCAACGCAAUCAAAGAGCGCUUGGGAUUCCCCGAAACCAACACUAGACGUCGAGUUUUAAACAUACUUGACACACUCAUUAUCGAAUGUGGUUCGGAUUUUCACAAGGCGCUUAUCCAAAACGGAUUCUUCGUCAGUCUCGCCGAUAUACAUGAUAAAGAAAUUGAGGAACUCAUACCACAACACGUUGCCAGGUGGAGGGCUGAGAUGGGAGCCGAGUAUGAAACGGCACUCGAGCAGGCCUUUUCCAAAAGGGGACAAACCAGCGGCACAGAAGAGCCGCAACAACCUAGGAAGGCCGAAGGAGUAGCACGUCGCAUGUUCAACAUCAAGCCCAUCAAGCCACUCGUACCGUUUCUUACAGUGCCUUAUCUCCGAGCCCGACAAACGCUCGAGCAGGCAAGAGAUGCUGCAACCUUCCAUAUGCAAAGCAUGUUUCUUGCUCGUCAAGCUCUUCACCUCGUCGUUCUCCUGAAUGAUUCGCUCAACGAGGAUAUCACGGACGAGCAGGAGGACGAACGAAUCGACCUAGAGGAUGAAAUUGAUGCUCUACGAGAGGCAAUAACUGCGUGGAUGACUGAGACGGACGACAUUAGCGAGUGUGCUGCAAGAAUUGCGCUGAUCAAGGAGCAAUACGAGACAUUCUUCAAGUCACGCUUCUAUUUCCAAAACACCCGCCGCAUCCAAGAUGACAAAGUGUAUAAAAAGUUACUAGCAUACGACCAGCGAGUGCUCAGAAUCCAAGGAAUGUCCAUCAUGCGCGACCCGGACGCAGAUAGAGACGAAGGUGGAGCGUACAUCGAAAGCGUCAAGAGCAGUCCGGCCCCGAAUAUACAAGAACCAGUCAUGGAAGAGGCUCAAAAGACUGUUAUCACAUCAGUCGUUGAAGAGACCUCGACAGCAGCAGCACUUGCCGCAGAACCGCCUCCACCGGCUCAGGAAGUCGCAGCCUCUACGUCUGCAGGUGGUGGAACGUCCAUGCAGGAUGACAUUGAGCGAGCACGUCAAUUCCGUAGCCAACAAGGUGAAGGAAGCUCUAGCACCCAGACCUUCGCCUGUCCCGUACCCGGAUGCGGUCGUUCCUUCGACAAGCAAUAUCUUCUGAGACACCACAUUCGCGAGCACGACGAUCGACCUUACCGCUGUCCAAUGCGUGGUUGUGACCGACGCUUCGCAACCCCAACAGACCAGCGUGUGCACGAAGCACUUCAUCGUAUCAAAAACAUGGGCAUCGUUCCCAACAUGCCGGCGUUUGCCCCGCCAAUCGCGCAGACGACACAAUCUGCCCCCCCAGCAGCCGAAACAACGGUAGCUGCAGAGGCGGCGGAGGAAGUCAAGUCUGAAGGCAAGCCCGAGGAUGUGAAGUCUGAAGGUGGCGACAUGCCAGAGAGUGAGCGUCCAGAGGGGCAGCCAGACAAGGGCAAAGGACCAGAGGAUGAAUCGCCUGAAGAUACGCAAGCAGGUAAAGGCAAGGGAAAGGAUAGUGGUGGAGAUCAAGACGUGAUUCCGGCAGCGACAGAUGAGGAGGAGAGAAUGUUUACAGAAGAGGAGAUGCUCCGAGUGGCCCUCGAGGAGUCUCGAAAAGACCAGCAGCAGGACCCCAACCAAGGCACCUCUGGAGCUGAUCAACAGAAUGCGUAA